UCGAAGAAACACAACAAUGGCCAAACUCAGCCUGCUACUAGCAUUUUUCAUCUUUUUCACCCCCUCUCUUUGUUGUCCUGAAGAUCAAAAACAAGCCCUUCUCCAGUUUAAAUCUUCUCUCAUUAAAACUACUAGUUCUUCUUCAUUAGAAAGCUUAUUGUUUGAGUUAGAGUCAUGGAAUUCAAGCUCAGAUUGUUGCAACUGGGACAGAGUCACUUGUAGUACUGGCUUACAUUCCAGGGUUGUCAUUGGUCUACAUCUUGACUCCCUUGUCUUCAUGCAAUCUAUGGAGCCCAUUGUGGUGGCUUCCACCAUCUUGACUCCACUCUUUCGCAUUAGAAGCCUGGAACUGCUUGACAUGUCCUCAAAUCACAUACAAGGAGAAUUGCCAGGCAACAGCUUUACCAAUUUGAGCAAAUUGGUUUAUCUUGACUUGAAGAAUAAUCUCUUUGAUGGCUCCAUUCCCUCUCAAGUUUUUCACUUGAGGUACCUUCAAUAUCUUGAUAUAAGUAGCAAUUCAUUCCACGGUAUUCUUAGUGGGGAAGUGGGCUCUCUUCAAAACUUGAGGGUAUUGAAGCUGGACGCAAAUUUUCUUGGUGGAAAUAUCCCUAAGGAGAUAGGGAACAUGACAAAGUUGCAGCGAUUGUAUUUUCGCAGUAACAAUUUUUUUGGGGAAAUUCCGUCUUCAAUUUUGGAUUUGAAGAAUUUGGAAGAAUUGGACUUGAGGGACAAUUUCUUGUCAAUGGAGAUUCCUUCUUUUAUUGGCAAUCUAUCCAACAUAACUACUUUGGCUUUGAGCAACAACAAGUUGACAGGUAAAAUUCCAUCAUCCAUACAGAAAUUGAUGAAGUUAGAAACACUUCAGUUGGAAAAUAACUUUCUCAGUGGAGAAAUUCCAUCUUGGUUGUUUAAUAUCAAGGGCAUGAAGCGUCUUUUUCUUGGAGGGAAUUAUCUAACUUGGAAUAGCAACGCAAAGAUAGUGCCAAAGUGUAUGCUAUCUCAAUUAUCUAUGAAGUCUUGUGGUCUUUCAGGAGAAAUCCCAUAUUGGAUUUCCAAACAAAAGACUCUCGAAUUUUUGGACUUGAGUAAGAACAAGCUAGAAGGUUUGUUCCCACAAUGGCUUGUUGAAAUGGAAGUUGGAAGUAUAAUUCUAUCAGAUAACAGGUUUACAGGUUCUUUGCCACCUCGUCUCUUCAGAUCUCGAAGUUUAUCAGUUCUUUCCCUAUCCCGGAACAACUUUUCUGGAGAACUGCCAAACAAUAUUGGUAAUGCUUCUGCAAUCAUGAUUCUCAUGUUGGCUGGUAACCAUUUUUUAGGGAAGGUACCUCAAUCUAUCUCCAAUAUUUAUCGCCUCCUAUUACUAGACUUGUCAAGCAAUAGAUUUUCUGGAAGCUUACCAGAUUUUAGCUCCAAUGUAUUACUUGGAUACAUUGACUUUUCUUCCAAUGAAUUCUCUGGAGAAAUUCCAACAAAAUUUUCCCAAGAAACUAGAAUUCUUGCAUUAGGACAAAAUAAGUUUACUGGCAGCUUCCCUAGAAACUUGACUAGUAUGAGCCAGCUUGAACACCUAGAUAUCCAUGAUAAUAAAAUCCAAGGUGAAUUCCCAGAGUUUAUUAGCCAAAUCUCAACCCUUCAAGUCCUAAAUUUACGAAAUACCACACUCCAAGGUUCUAUUCCUGAUGGUAUUUCCAAUCUUAGUAGUCUUAGGAUUCUUGACCUUUCAAACAACCAUCUUGUUGGCAAUAUCCCUACAAAGUUUGGAAAUCUUAUUGGUAUGAUUGAAACACAAGAAAAAUUUUCAUCACUCUCUGAUAUUUUCUCAUUCUCAAUCGAGUUUAAUGAUCUGAUAGUAAAUUGGAAAAAGUUGAAGCAAGGUCUCUCGAGCCACAACAUUGAGCUCUACUCUUUGUUAGACUUGUCAAUGAACCAACUUUCUGGUGAAAUCCCAGCAUCAUUAGGCAGAUUGAAGGGUCUAAAGAUUCUCAACAUCUCACAUAACAUCUUCUUUGGUAAGGUACCAGUAACCCUUGGUGAUUUAGAGAGUCUAGAGAGUUUAGACUUGUCACAUAACAAACUAUCAGGCAUAAUUCCCCAAUCACUAGUAAAUCAAUUGUCUGUUUUGGAUGUGAGUAAUAAUGAGCUUACAGGUAAGAUUCCAAUUGGUGACCAAAUGGACACAAUGAAUGAUCCAAACAUUUUUGCCAACAAUAGUGGUUUGUGUGGAAUGCAAAUUCAGGUGCCAUGUUCAGAAGAACUAUCACCGACAAAACCAUCAAAGCAUGAGAGUAAGAAGACAUGGUUCUCAUUGGAAGGACUGGGGUUUGGAUAUUCAACUGGCUUCUUUGUAACAGUAGGAAUCUUAUAUCUUACGGGGUAUUUUGUUCCUGCACUAGCUCCAAAUUGUCGAAGCCAAUGAAGAAGGCAAAAAGUUUAAAUUUUCAAUCGCAUACAAGUUAUGCAAUCUAUUGUCAAAGAUCUAAAUCCUGACAUGUAAUGGGUUUCAAAAAAUCAAUAAAAACAAAUAGCCAUUCUUA